AUGGUGAAUGUGGCCCUGGCCGUGACGCUGGGCUUGCUGAUUGCUCUAACUGUGGGGGGAAACGUGCUGGUGUGCCUGGCUGUAUGUGCGUCCCGUCGCCUCCGCUGCCUCACAAACUGCUUCAUUGUUUCCCUGGCCGUGACGGACCUCUUACUGGGGGUCCUGGUCCUCCCGUUCUCUGCCCUCCUCCAGCUCAACCACGACUGGCCGCUGGGUCCAGUCUUCUGCAACUUUUACAUCUCCAUGGACGUAAUGCUAUGCACUGCGUCAAUCCUGACAUUACUGGCCAUCAGCAUAGACCGGUAUCUCGCAGUGACCAUGCCUCUCAGAUAUAUCUCUAUGGUUUUGCCCUGGAAAGUAGCUGUGGCAAUGAUAACAGUCUGGACCGUGUCUUUAGCCGUGUCCUUUUUGCCUAUACAAAUGGGUUGGAACACUGUGAAUGGGACAGUACAAAACCAGGGGCCAGAGGCGUCAGAGAGAAGCUGUCGUUUCGAGCUCAACCGGCCUUAUGUUCUCACUGAUGCUCUCCUCACUUUUUACCUCCCCCUCAUAGCAAUGUGCUGGACUUACAUGAAAAUACUACGCAUUGCUCGGGAACAGGCCAAGCGUAUCACCAGCUCUCGACCCACCUGUGUGACCAAGUACAACAGCAAAACCUGCUCAACUGUCACCACAGUGGUCUCCAAUGUGACAGCAGCGACCCUCCGGGAGCACAAGGCCACGUUGACGCUGGCAGUGGUCAUAGGGGCGUUUGUGGUCUGCUGGUUGCCAUAUUUCAUCAUGUUCACAGUUUUAGGCUUGAAGGAGCAUCCAGACCCCAACACAGUGCCAGAAUACCCCAUAGUGCUGUGGCUGGGGUAUGCCAACUCUGCCCUGAACCCAAUCCUCUAUGGAGCUUUGAAUAGAGACUUUAGUGGGUACAGGAGCAGACAGCCAUCACCCAUUGUGACCGGAGCCAGAGAAAACCUUACAGAGGAGACACUGUUGUGUGGUCCUAUAACCAGUGCGCCAGAACUCACAGACCAGAGCUUCAGUCUUCAGGAAAUACACACCAGGACAACUACAGCACAGUUACCAAAUAACACAACUGCCACAAAUAUCAAUGGAAAUAAUGGUCAAGCUGAGUCCAAACUCUAA